AUGUAUGUAGUACGUAAACGUAAUGAAGUGAUGCUCCCUUCCGAACAUCUCCUCGUUUCACAAGCUGUUCCGUCGCUCGAUUUGGAGCCGAGGUCUCCGUACGGCACUGCCCCCGACGUAGUCAGCGACGCACAGCUUCUUAAAGCCGUCGAAAUUUUAAGAGAAAAGACAUCGGCGUCUGCGUACUCGUUGGCAAGUGUCUUGUGUGUUGUCAAGUACGUACUUAAUCAACCUUACUUCCCGGAAACCGUGUUUGGAAACAAAAAGACCGUCGAUUUUGACUUUAGAGGACAGAAUUACACUGUCGAAUUCGUAUCAUGCAAAAGUCCUACCGACAUUAACGCAACCCCCAUGGACGUUGACUCACGUCUUGGCAACAAUGAACUACUCCAACAAAAAACGAAAGAAUCACCCAUUAAGCUUGCAAGUCUAGUGUGUAUCGUUAAAGCCGUGCUCGAUGAUGUAGGGUUGAAAGGUCGACUAUUUCAGAAUAAGAUAAAGUUCUACUUCAAUCAUCUAGAGUACUUGAUAGACUUCGACGAUCAACGUCGUCACGACGAUCCCGAGCACCAGAGGGUCGAAUUGAACGGUAGUAACUCGAACAGUUCACAAGAACCGAACUCCUUUAAAAAUUCCGACGCAAAUCACGACGAAGACGAGGACAUGAUGGACGAAUUGGAGAAGGAUGAGAUUGUGGAAGAAAAUCAUCAAGAUAAUGAAUCAUGGCGUACAUCCACCCCUUCCACGGUCAACAAGAGAAAGCGUGCCAGUGAUAGUCCAAAUUCGGAGGAUGAACAUUUAACUCAACAAAGCGUAUCGGCCAAAAGGCGUUCCACGGACAAGCAUAAGGCGCCUCCGUUAAGCUGCGAAGCUGUGAAACGUCUCUUCACCGGAAUCUCCAAAACCACGUUAGUUCAGAGGCUUGAGGAAUCGAAAAUAUUGAUUUCUGCCAUAAAAGAAAGUUACGCGAAUAUUCGACCAUCUGCAUCUACGAACUUGAAUUCAUCACCCCGUUUAAAUCUCUUAUGUCAUCUACUGCAAUCACCACCGACUUCUAGAAUCGAUGGUAUUUCCUCGAAAGUCUUUUCAAAUCUGGAACUCUAUAAAUUAUUUACCACAUACAACUCCUACAAGGAAGAAGUAUUACAGCACGAUCCCCUGAACUCACCAACAAGGCGGAAUCAUACUUCACCCUCAUCCGAUCAGAUUCCACAGAUCACCUUUCCGACGUAUUCUUCGUUCAUCGACCCAACGGUCACACUGCACAUUAAGGAACAAACUGGAGGUAGGGAGGUUGGAAAGCAUCGCUUAAAUUGCGCGUGGCGACUUAGCAUACUAUGCGAAUUAUUGGGUAAGGGAGUUUUGCUAAUGACCAAGGAAUUGAGUGGUGCAAAGUUGGAGAGGAUCCUCGUCGAGGAGUUCUCAAAGUUGGUGGAAUUUUUGAAAAACCCAGAAAAUCAAGACUGGGUUUCAAAUGUGAGAGAGAAGAUGGAGUUGUCUGGCUUCGAUGAGGUUUACGCACCUUUGGCCGAGGCGGAUAUAGAUAACAGUGCAAUAACCGGAUCGCCGGUUGUCAAUAACGGUAACAGCAAUGAAGAACAGGCGAACGUGAAAUCCGAUAUCGGAAUCGGAAACAAUGGAGGUCAUGUUAUUACAUUUGCGGUUGAACAUAAUAAUAACAUUGCCCAACAUAACAUCUCAUCACAAGUGAUCGACCCAAGACUGGGCAUGUCUUCAGAAGAGGAUAUCAUUAAACACGAACAGCACUACACAGAGGUGGAUCAAAAUAACGAGUCCAUCUCAAACGUAAGAAAUGGACGUCCGAUCGGUUUCGUCAAAGGCGCAAUGCGGGUGGAGGGACAGAAAUAUUGA